GAGAGAGAGUGUGUGAGUGAGAGAGAGAGAGAAGGGGGGCAGCCAGUCAGCAGCACCAACUUCUCCCUCAAUUCUCCCGACUGUCAGGCGCACGGCAGCAACCAGCAACAGAACAACAAGCAGAGACUUUUAAAACAUACAACUUCUCUCACCCAACAGCACCCCGAGCUGGGGGUGGGGGAAGAAGAGAGCACUCAUUAGAAAGAGAGAGGAGCAGACAGAGAGAGAGAGAGAGGCUCUUUAAAAGGGCCGCCGGACGGACGGGACCCCAGCACCAGGUGUGAUACUGGAGUAUAGAUGAAUGUGUCAGAAAUCUCAGGGUGCACUGUUUGUUUUGAAAACUUCAGUUCUUCAAAUGGAAUUGUAAGCAGAAGAUCAAGAAAGUGAAGAAUUCUUGUUGGAAGAAAAGUGGCAUAACAUCAACUUAGUGCUGGUGGUCUUGAAUGCAUGAAAAACUCAAAAUGGGGCAAACCUUUUUGUCAAUGAUGGAACAUAAUCUCAGGAGUACCAGGUCGUGAACAAGUGAGAAGAAAAUCAGAAAAAACUGCAUCACAUCAAAUUCCAUUUCCAUUGUUUAGCACAGCACCAUGAAAGCCAGCAGCAGAAAUAAAGACCACUCGGCAGAUGGCGAUGGAACUGGAAAAAGACCAAAGCGGAAGUGUCUUCAGUGGCAUCCUCUGCUUGCCAAAAAGAUGCUGGACUUCUCUGAGGAGGAGGAGGAAGAUGAGGAAGAUGAAGAUAUUGACAAGGAAACUUUGCUGAACACAGAAGGUCUUGAACAUGAGGCAGAUGAAACAGAAGAUGAUGACUCCUCUGAACAGCGAGCUCGCAGGCCGAUGAAUGCAUUUCUUUUGUUUUGCAAACGCCAUCGUUCUCUGGUUCGUCAGCAACAUCCUCGCCUAGACAACCGUGGUGCAACCAAGAUACUGGCUGACUGGUGGUCUGUUUUAGAUCCAAAGGAGAAACAAAAAUAUACUGACCUGGCAAAAGAGUAUAAGGAUGCUUUUCUGAAGGCUAACCCUGGAUACAAGUGGUGUCCAACAACCAACAAACCAUUGAAGAGUUCAUCACCAACUGUUACGACAAGAAAGAAGCUCUGGACAUUUCCAACAGAGCCCACAAAGGAGUUUCCCAUCACCAAAAGGGUGGUAAAGGCUGAGGAAAUGCCACAAAUCAACUUUGCGAUGGCAGAUCCCACACAAAUGGGAGGACUCAGCAUGCUGCUCUUAGCAGGAGAACAUGCCUUGACAGCAAAGGAGAUUUCCUCCAAUACAACACAGUCAGGGAUCCCUGACUCAACCAAGCAGUGUGGGAAUUCAGCAUUGUUUCAAUUAGCAGAGAUGUGUUCGGACCGGUUGGUAACUGAAGGAGUAAAAACUGAACCCACCAUGUGUACCUCAGAGGAUAGCCAUACACCUGAGAUGCCCACCAUAAAUCCUGGAUUGACUGCAAAGGAUAAUGGUAUUAAGCCACAGGACUGGAUUACUAAUGACAAAUCGUUGUCCUUGUUAACUGACACUUCUGUGACAAGUCAUAAUAAAAGUGAAAAAAUUAAAAAGAAGAAGAAGAAAAAAGUUAAACUUGAAACUACCAAAGCUGAAAAACAGACAUUUAAAAAAAGCGGGAAGAAACGGAAAUCAUCAGAGUCUGACAUGGAAAGCUUAAUGUACACGAUUGAUGCUGUUGCUAAGGGGGACUGGGGCACUGAAAAACCUUCAGGAAGCCCAAUGAAAAGUGCACGAUGCUCAGCAAAGUCAACGGAAAAUCUGUUACACUCUGUCUCCAGCCCACCAAAGAAAAAAAUGAAACCAAAACCAAUCAAAUUACCUGCUGAAAAGAUUUCAGAACUCAACAAACACUCAAAGGUUUCUGAUCUUGAGAAAGUUACCAGCAGCCCAAUCAAAACUGAAACUUUUUCUGUCACUGAGCAACUACUUUCCCAUAAUGCACUAGGUGAAGUGAAAGCUGAGAACAAGGAGAUCAGUAAAAAGACAGAAGCAUCUGGGUCCAGAAAAUCUGAGCGAUCAUGUAAAGGUGCUCUAUAUAAGACUUUGGUGUCAGAAGGAAUGUUGACAUCUUUACGGGCCAAUGUCGACAGAGGUAAGAAAGCUUCAGGGAAAGGGGGUUCGUCUGACCAUGAGGGAUGUUGGAAGGAGGAAGAUUGGUCAUUUUCAAAUAUUGGGACUAGUGGAACCAAGAAGUUGAAGAAGUUAAAACAGAAAGAUGAUUCUGCUCUCGGGUUGGGGAAUCUAGAGCAGGAGUUUGCAAAGAAAUUCAACAGCCUUCCACAGUACAGUCCAGUAACCUUUGACCGCAAGAACACAACAGUGACAAGAAAAAAGAAAAAGAAUAGGAGCGGAUCCACUGAGCAACAAAAAAGUGAUAAAGGAUCAUCUCCAUCUCAGAAAAUAGUCAGCAAGUGUAAACACCAAAAGGGGACACAUCAUUUAACUGAUAAAGCCAUAGCACCACCAGAUUCAAACAUUGAGGAACAUGCAGAGAAAGCAGACCAUACUGCAUUGGUUCCAAGCAGCCCACUGACAGCUGUUACACAAGAACCUCUCGUUGGCAGCCAAAAGCGCAAGGCUAGAAAAACAAAAAUAACACAUUUAAUCCGAACAGCUGAUGGCCGCUUGUCACCUGCAGGGGAUCUGACAAAGGAGAAGAUACAUUGUAAACAGGAAAAGAAAAAACAGCCAUUAAAGACAGACAUUUCUGUUGGUGGAGUCAACUAUAGUCAUUCAGAAACUCAACAGGCAUGUAGCAUUUCUCCAGAAGUACAAACAACAUCUGCAAUCCCAGCAUUCUUCAGUUUAGCUGCCCUGGCAGAAGUUGCAGCAAUGGAAAAUGCACAUAGAGGCCAACGUGCGGUUUCUCUAAACCAUGAUGGACAGCCUAAGGAAAUGGCACAAACCUCAGUACUUAUCUCCUGUGCAGACCAAUAAUGCAUUAUUGCUUUGUAUCUUUACAAAGUCUGGAACACACGAGAUGGGUCAGUUUGACCUGAUAUUGACUGCAUUGUCGGAAUGGCACCCUGCCGUGGCUGGGUACCUCAUAGAGCAGCUGGGAAACACUGGUUCAGCAAAGCCCCAUGGGACAGGCUCACAAUUUGAGCAUCAAACAUUUACGAGUGGAGCUAAACCAGUUUCUUCAGCUUUUGGUUCCCUAUCUGAAGGCAACCUGGUAUACAAAAAGAAUAGCUGUUACACAGAACAACUGCCCAUGAAAUCUACUGGCAAUUCUUGCCACUGCACGCUACACGAUCAGAGUGUGAGCUACUCAAAUUUGCUGCAAAUUCUAGCUUUUCUCAAGUAACACUGAUGCACUGUGCUAGUGACUAGAUAUCGUCAACCUCUGUUUUUCCUUUUUUUUAAAGCACAUUAUGAUUUUGAGUUUCAUGGAAACUUUAAUCAUGAACUUCUGCCUGAUUACUGAAAUGAUGUGGCAGGAAAAAUAUUAUUGGAAGUUCUUUACAUUUGCCCAUUGCAUUAAGAUAUUUUAUUUCAACGGCGCCAUUAUUUAGUUGAAAUCUGUUAAUCUGUAGUUGAGUUUAAUAGCACAAUCUGUCUCUGUGCAGACAGUAAGUACCUUUGGUUACACACGCAAUCUUUAGCUUUUUUUUUGUUUUCCAUGACAAUUUAAUACCUAUUAUUUUUGCUUUCUCUUGCUAAACCUCACUGACCCUGCAUUGGGGCAGAUUACUGGAUGUGACUGUUUUCCAAUAUACUGUUAAGAUGUGUAAAGUAAUUUGCUUAUUUUUAAGCAAUUAGGCACUAAUAGUGGCAGAAAUCCUGCAAAGCUUUUUAGGUCCCAACUGUUGCACUGCUGUGUUUUUUUACAGUGAAUGAUUAUUAUGAUGGUUAUAGGGUUACUAAUUCAACAAAUUACUGAGGAGAUAUUCAGGUUUUAUUUCAGGUUGCAGAAGUAUAUCAGCACAAAGGAAAAAAAAAAGUCUUCUGUCAGACCAACAGCUAGAAUUACUGAUGUUUAGUACUGCUUAGCUUGAAUGCAAAAUAUCUUUCUUCCCAUAUUGGUUGAAGAUCAUGUUACCAGAAUGGCAAACAACAUGGACUAUAAAUGAUGAUUUAAAGCAGUUGCACAAUUUUGAGAGCAGGCACACAAAGACAGUUUUUCAGUGCCGUGAAGUAAUACAAGACCAGUUGCUGCCUGAGCAUUUUGGUUGUUAGUGCGACAUCUUGACAUCAACAAAUACCAGGUAUUAAUUGUUCAAGACAGUCUAUUUUUGGGAAAUCUGCAGGGUUAUUUGGUGUAUUGUAUGUAAUAUACCCAGUCUUUAUAAGCCUCACGUAAGGAGUAGUACAUGCUGUUCACAUCAGAGAUGAUUUGUUCUUUUAGAAGAUUGUGACUGGAAUUUGCAAUAAAAAGCUAAUGAUAAAUACCAUGGCACAGUUAUAAUGAAACAUGUAUUAGGUGCUGCUGUCUGAGCUAAACAAAUCUGUAGUUGAUACACAAAAUCUAAUUCUGCCUGGAUUGAACACACAUUAAACCUGAGCAAAAUCUGACUCCAGCAAAAAUGAUUUUAACACAUUUAAAUUUAGUCUAAUUUUAAUCUUGAGUAUUUUUGAUAAAUUGUCACAUUUAUAGCAAUGUUAAAGUUUUGGUAACUGAUAUGAAACUUCUAAGAAAUGUUGGCUUCUCAAUUCAGAUUUUGUGACCCAAAAAAAAUCUAGAAAGGUGUGGUGGCAGGAAAGAACAAUAGACCUGCACAACAAUUGCCUUUUUGAGUUUUAAAUUUGUUCGUGCUUUUCAAUAUACCUUUCUGUAAUUUGGCUUCUGCGAUGACUGUUAUAAAUUUAUUCAAAAUGCCUCAUGUUGAAUACUAAUUUUGCCUAACAAAUAAAUAGGCUUUUUUUUAUCCUAAGGGGUUGGGUUUGAUUUAAUUUCAUCUGAGCUUCUAGAUAUAGGCACUUGGAAGAAAGGUAUGUAAUGGUUGCCCUUAAAAGAAGUAAUGUUCAAGGUUUUUAAAACAUGUCACUUUCCAUUAUGGCUGCGUGGCCUCAUGAAUCACUGGUACAAUUAAGAUGCAGUUUUCAUUUGCGAUCUUGGGCUGCAUCAGCUGAUCUCUCAGUUGGUUCUACAUUAAUUUAUUUUUCAUCAGCGUCCCUGCGAUUACCUGUACCCUUGGGUAUCCACUGAUACCUGAGUGUGCUGCUGAAAAUGUUUACACAUCAGCACCAGAACUUAUGUCUCAACUCUGUUGUCUUGGGUGUAAAACAGGCUGUUGACCAGAAUGGGGUGGUAUGUGGGUGAGAGUAGUACUGUGGUCAUAUUUAAAACAAUGCAUCAAUAUAAAGUAUCAUCAUAGGAGAGAAAAAGUAAAAAGAGGACUGUGCAGGAAAGUAAAUUUUGCAAAAUAUGCAGAACAUAAAAACCUGGAUAAAUCUAAUUAUUUCAGAUAGGGAUGAUGUUUACUUCUUUGCCUUUGAAAAUCAUCAAUUCAUAAGGUUAGUAGUUUUAUAGUUAGAGGCAUUCAUCCUAAUACAGAUUUCACUGCCAUUUUGUGCCAGUUUGUAAUUCAUACUUAAAAUUUGCAUAGAGUGGAGGAGCAAGAAUAGUUAUCCAUUAGAUCCAAACAGGGCCCAAACUAUGAAGAAUGAUUGCAUUUCACGUUGAAUUUCCAGAUGAACUUGUCAGUUUUGUUGACAGCAUGAAUAUAAUUACUCUAGCAUGGAUCAUGAGUCAGCUUUUACAUAUUAAUGCUGAAAAAGGUUGGUUUACUUGCCCACUCUUUCCCCAUAUGACACAUUCUCCUCCUUGUUCAGUUCAUCUAUAUGUAACUUGGAUUUGAAAAAGCACUGAAUUGGCUAUUCAGAUUUCUAUAGCAAAGUAGGCAUUUGGAUCUUGAGAAAGCUUUUGCUGCAUUGUUGAUUUGCUUAAUUUGGAAGUUUGGGUUUUCACUGUUGAGUACCAGGAAAUAGUUGCACCUCUCUAUUAAUAAAGCAUUGCGAACUUGUAAACCAAAAAUUCUUCCCCUGACUUGUGUCUGAAGUUUGCCAUUAAUUUAUCCAUGAACUAAUGCUGAGCAGCACAGAGUAUCGUGAGACAUAAAAUUGCUGUUUGCAUUUGCAAACAGAUUCUGAAACUUUUCUUGUGAAACCAUGCUGGAACCUUUACAUGAGUCUUGAGUUAAUUAAACUUAAUUAAAUGGGAAUCAGGGUCUAAACUAAACUGUACAGUUAAGGCAAAAAGUGACCUUUGCUCGCUAAAUGCAAGUGGAAUAUUAUAACUUAUGCCAUAACCUAUAUGGAAUGAAUUGGAAGAAGGCUGCGUUGUCCUCAGCUACUUAAAGAUUGGUAGAACAGUUUCUCAGUUAGUUUGAGGUUUGCACAUCUCUUCCAUUGGCAUCAAGUAAAGACAGAAUUACCCAUCCUGGUAACAUGAUCCUUGUGUGACUGCUUUAUACAAUAAUUCAUUACACUGUCAUUCUAGCUGUAAAGAACGUUUUGUUAACUUUUUUGUGCAAUUGCCAUCCUUUGCUUGUCAUUAGAAAUAUGUCUUUUCCUUGUUGUAGAACCAGCUUUUGCCCAAAGUCUAGCUAAUAUUUAAAAAUGGAAAAAGUACACAUUACUGUAUUUAAAUGUUAAUAAUGCUUUUACACGAAAAUUGAGUAUAAUGAGAAAAAAUGUCUACUUUUUAUGCCUGACCAAGUAGAAUACAAUUAUUGUAUUUUUGCAUUUAUUUUUGUUUCCUUUACCAUUAAGUGACAUUUCCAUUAGAUUAAUAGGUAGGAUGUGCAGUUAAACUAUGAUCUCCUUCCUUUGAAUUGUGACAAGAGCGUGUGAUGACAUUGAAGUAUAGCUUAUUGCACUUGAUAUCACUUUUUAGCAUGUGAAUUGUCCCCAAGAUUUGCUCAUGAACAUUGAUGUGAGAGUUCCUAAAAGCGCUACUAUAAUAUGUAUCAGCUAUACUGGUGCCUAAUAUGGGAGUGUGCCCAUUUGCUUAUACUGAAGCACAUUAACAUUCAUGGAUUGGGAGAAUCGAUAUUUAAUAUACAUAUGCUCCUGUGUCUGGUUUUUUUUCUGCAAUAAUUUAUUGUAUCAGAAGCAUUGAGAACAGCAAGAGUUACCACAGAGUGAACCUACUAUUCUUUCAACACUGAAGUGGGCAAGAGAGUUAUAUCAUUGGAUUUCAGGAAUGGCUCACUGUAUAUUUUCCUUUUUUAAAACAUUAACAGAUACUUACGUUUUGUGCUUGAACAGUUUAAAUUGAGACUUAAAUUUCCUUGAGGCUUCUCCUAUUUCAGCACAACUACUUCAACAGAUAUUUGGCAGAAAUCUUGCUUAAGCAUGGAGUCAGUGUUCAGCUGAAGAACAAGGAGAAUCUCACAGUGGAAAUUUAGCAAACAGGAGAUUAACCUUUGGUGUUUAAGUGUUCACUGUUGAUUUCAAACAGGAUAAUUCUGUUCUUAUGGCCUUUUUUGAAGUAUUAAUGUUUAAUACAGAAUUAAGUAUCCAUGGAACAUUUAUAGAUAAGGAUUGUCUAACUAAAUAUAACCACGCAUUUAUACCCUGUACUUUACUGUAUAAUACAUGCCCUGUCGUUAAAGGUAAAAUUAGUAGGUUGCUGCAGAGAAAGAACUUUGUAAUAUCCCUAGUAAAUGUGGCAACAACAAUGAUUUGUAUCCAAGUUGUAGAUUGUGUCCCCCAGGCGUUGCUGUGACUAAGCCGAUAUUAAGACCAUGGAGCUGCAUUUGACAGCUGGCAUUGCAAGUUACAUCAUUAGUUAUAGCAACUGUGUUGAAUUUUCAGAGUAAGCCAAUAAAAUGCACUAAUCCAAGCAUUACAAGAUAUAGUGUAAUUUCCUGCCAUCUAAUGAAGAAAAUAAAUAUGUAAUUGUUCAUUUCCAAAUGAAGUAUUAGAUUAAAGGAAGUAAAUGUAUAACUAUCUACAGGAUGAUGCCCUCCCAGGCACUUGGAAUGUCUGCCGUAGCACUCUAAUUUUAGAAUUCUUUCACUGCUAAUCAAUAAGUUAUCAGCAAGAUGGUUAACAAAAUCACAGAUUUUUUUAAUAAGAAUAUACUGGGCAAUAAAUUCAAACUGCAAUUGUUGGUUACACAGAUGUUAUAAAGUACCUAUUUUGAUUUUUGCCUAACUCCCUUUUACUGUUGUGGACAACAAAGCUGUGAGCAACAAGUUUUCUUUUAAUGUAACUUUCUUCAGAGUCAUUUGGAAACAUUCAAAGCCAAAACUCACUUGCAGCUAGUUAGUGCUACCUGCUGGAAGGAUAUGUUUGGCAAUCAAGCGUUACCGUGCCCCUGUCAUCUUUUCCCAUCAGAAACAUGCAGCUUAAAGUAUCAUUGAAACGGUCACUCAUUUACAGUGAUCAUGACUUCAAGAGAAUUAGCUAAAAUGAAAAAUUUUAAUGCAAGUUUGGUUGCACCUGAAAGAUGAUUUGCACCUAAAAGUUGCUGUUAUUCUGUAUGGGAAUCAAUCAUGUAGUUAGAGCUCCAUUUAUAAAGAGGAUUCAUCAGAUCCUUGCUGCAAAUGUGUUAUUUACAAAGCACCAUCCAAUUAACUUGUACUGGUGAAUUCUAAUUAAGGAGCUUUUAUUAUUUGGAAAUGCAAUAACUUAUCAUUUACUGCAAUCCCUUAUUAUCACUUUUUAUAGUGAGUAUAAUGCUAUGUGACUGUUCUAAGAAUGGCAUUGAGUGUAUAUCUAAAUUUUGUUAUGUAGGAUACAGAAAAGGGGGGUGACAAUACAGCAGUCUUAAAGGUGCAACUUCACUUCUGACAAAUGGAGACUGUAAAUUUGACUAAUUCUGAUUGUUAACAGUUAGCCCAAUUAAUUUUGUUUCAGCCCAGGUUUUCAAGUUGCUCAGUUCAUUUAUCAUAUAAAUAAACAAUUGCUGAGCCAAGAGUUAGUUUGUCAUUAAACCGUACUCUGAGUAGUGACUGAAGUAGCAACAGAUUAUUGCUGCAAUGUAAUUAUUGUUUUGUUUAGCCAACUGAACCUAGGAUGUUGAUCUACUCUUUCAUAGUGGUUAUGAGAAUAUGCUGUGUGGAUGUAAUUUCUGAACUCAAAUCUAACAUGCACAAUUUUUGAGUGUAGAUGUUUAUUUUAAAUGAAGUUAGAAUUUUAACAGAAUGGAUAAUAUAACUUGGAGUAAAGUUUUUUAUGAUCUAAAGUAAAGCACAUUUAACAAAUUCAAAAUGUGCAGUGUAUUCUAGGAGACUCUUUCAUUUGGCCUUAAAAAUGUUUAGUAAGGUAUUUACAUUUUUUUUCAAUUGGUGUUGGUGACAAAUAUGCCUUUGCAAAAAUUAAACUUUUUUAUUCAGCUGGUGUCUUGGAUAUAGUUGCUGCAGUAACACCUUGUGGCCAAAGAGAUCAUUCAUAAUUGCAUUUCUUACAUAUUAUUUGAUUCCAAAUAAUUAAAAAGUUUAAUUUUUGGAAAAGAGGUUUGGAAGAUUAGAAAUAACUCUGAUGACCCAGUCAUGUGUACCAGCUAAAAUGUUUGUGCCAUACCCUUUCAGUCAUGAAUUCAAGUCAUGGCGAAAGUAGCAAGAUCAUUACAGCACCUAAAUAAUGGUGGAGAAAAUAUAUAGUAAUAAAACAUAGCCCACCAUUAGAAACAAUAGAAUGUAGCCUACAAAGGGUUGGCAGAGAACUAACAGAUGGAACUGUAUUUUUGACCAAAUGUAUGAUAGAGUUAAAUGUUUCAUAAAUUCAAGUUUGUUGUAGAACAAUUAACAAAAUGAUUCCAGUAGUAUAUUUUUAAAUGGUGGUUUGACUGAUAGACUGAAAUAUUUAAUGUUUGUGGAAGGGUGGGGUGAAAUAGUUCAAUGAUGUAUAAUUGAUUUUAAUUUUAAAACCAAAAAAUGUGCAGGGAUGUUUCCUGAUCUACAAGUAUUAAGUGAAUUGUAUUUCAUUCAAAUAAAAUGUAGACCUAAAUAAUUACAUUACAGAAGGCAGGAAAAUCCAUGUUGACUAUUCCAGAAAAUCAACAUUAAUCUUUCUAAAUGUCUAUGACCUCUAGACAUUGAUUUUAAUACUGAGACUAUUUAAAGGAAGAUUAGAAAAUGUUUCACACAAUCAAAGGGUUAUAUAUGCUUUUGGCUUUUGGUAAUUUUGUCAUUUGUUUGCACUUAAUUAAUUUGACAUAUUAGAGAUUUCAGUAGCACAACAAGGUGAGAAGUUAAUACUUAAAGUUGAAUAAUCAGUCUGAUUUUGAACUAAAAGUAAACUGUGCACAGAAAAACAUGGUUAGUUUGUUUAAAAAAAAGUGGAGCAACAUUUCAUUUUAAGUUUUACAUUUGUCUCAUGGCAGUUGAAAUGCCGGUUUACAUGUCCAAUACAGUCGUCUGUCCACACACAGUGAAUCAGUUCAUUAUUAUCCCGAAGAAAGUUUCUAUUAUAUUAAUUGUUAUAUCUUUUAAAUCCAAAUUAGUGACAUAAUUAGGUCAUAUAUGCUGUUUAUACAGACCUAAGUCACAUGCUGAGGGUGCUCAGUGAUUUUUUUUUGAAAAACAAAUUCUCUGCUGUUGUUCGUAUUGUACAAACUUGUUUAACUGAUUUCUUAAGUUACGUUGUCCCAGUCAAUGCACUUCCAAAGAGCUGGCUGUUCAAUGACAAACCAUCCUAAUAUCAAGUGUGAGGUCUUGAGAUCUGUUGCAGUUAAUGCUUGUUUGGCAGUCAUCAUUGUGAUGUUUUAAAAUUACAUUGAUUGUGUUAUUUUUAUACUUUUUACAAUUGUAACUUUUGAUUUCAAUUCAAAUCUAGAUUGGUGAUAUUCUUUCAACAGUGCUAUUAUCAUUCCAUACUUUGGAUUUUGACUGUCAUGCCAACUGUCCAAUCUUUGCAAAUGCAUAGAUCAGUAUGGAAUGCUUUCUUUGAACAUUCACAGCAAGUGAACUUUCACUGGUGUAGCUGGAAGGAUCCUCCUGACUCACUGGCAUUUUAUUAUUUGGGUGUUUGGUUCAGGGAGUUGGACAACUGUCCACUAUGAGCCAAUGGGUGUGAUGCCAAAACUGCAUCAGCACAGAGCAAAACUACAAAUGCCCCUCUUUUAAUGAGACAGAUCACAAUCAACAGUUCUUCGGUUUUUUGGAGGCCUUUGAUGAUUCAUAUGCUGCAAAUUAUUUAUGUCAAUAAAAUGUAGGUGUGUAAAUGUAACCAUAGAUACCAGCACUGUCAUUAUGGCAGUGUUUGGUGGCAAAUGUUUCAUCACAGUUUGAUAUCUCAGGAAGGUGCUGAAACUUCUAAUUGCAUUAAUUAAACUCAUGCAUCCAACACUUUAUAACAUCGCGAUUUACAAGAGUAACCAAAUUAGCAACAUAAUUACAUCACACAAUUAUACAACCUAAAAGUCACACGCUGAGGCUGCCUAAUGAUGAUUUUUUUAAAAAUGCUCUGCCGUUGUUCAUAUUGUAUAAACUUGUUAAACAGAUUUCUUGAGUUACAUUGUCCAAGUCAGUGCACUUCCAAAGAGCUGGCUGUUCAAUGACAAACCAUCUUAAUAUCAAGUGUGAGGUCUUGAGAUCAGUUGCAGAAAGGAUUAAGAUGUAAAAGCCCCGUGUUAUUGCAGAUUUUCUUCUGGAUAACCCUACUCCGUCCGAAAAGGACUAGCUAAGUGUGGUACCCAUUGCAGUGGUAUUCAAAAAUUACUUGCAGGAUUAGUACACUAUUAGGCAUGCACAGAGCAGAUGUUAUGACUUUCGAUGCUCAGUGACAUCAUUGCUCUACUGAAAUAUUUGCCUUUUUUCUCCUUGUUGCAGGCAACAAAGUAGAUAACAUAGAGCCUUUAUUUGUAUGUUCAAUAGUGUACAACAAUUCAGAACAUUAACGGAAAGGACAUGUGAUGUGCUUGAACAUCAUCUUCAGUUUAAUCUUGCAGAACAAAUGUGGUUGUAAGCUAUUUGGUUAAACACACUCAUGGUAACUGGGAGACUGCUGUAGGUUCUCAUUUUGAUGUUCCUAGAAGAGUAAUUUCAGUGAAGUAUAAUUUUGAAAACGUGAAGCAAACUUCAUGAUGAUGAUCGGAUAUCCCUAUUACAUGAGAAUCAGUUCUUGUUACAGAAGGUGCCUGUGUAUAUAGCUCCUUUGUAUUGCUUUGAGCAGAGUCCCUUAUAUAUUUCUUACUAAUAUGCUCUGUAGAAAUUGAAUUCAGAAAUUUUACUACUGAUAAUUAAGAGUUUAAAGCCACUAAUUAUAUAAAAGUUGCAUAAUUUGACAGAUGAUCAUUUUAUAUUGCGUACUGUUUAUUGCCUGUCUGUUUAGUUUUGUGAUUGAAACACAUUUCCUUUUUCCUCUGUUAUAAUGCUGUAUGCUGCUGCAGUGUUAUUCUUAAUCAUUAUUUCCUAGCAGGCAAUAAAGCAUAUUGUACAGUAUUA